CAGAGGGAGAAGCAGACUCCCCCCUGAGCAGGGAACCUGCCUGGAGGCUCGAUCCUAGGACGCUGGGAUCAUGACCUGAGCUGAAGGUGCUUCACUGACUAAGCCACCCAGGCACCCCUGUAUGAGUAAUUUUUAAAUGACCAAACACCAAAAUUAGGAUCAGAAGGAGCGGAGUUUAGGACUAUGAAAAGGUUAAGGAUGGAUAACUGACAUCCCUACAGCUAAUAUAAUUAAAUGACAAAAUGUGCAAGACUGUACAACCUGCUUGAGGGCAGAAGCCCAGUUCUUACCACUUUCUGUCAUCUGCCAGAGCCUCACAUGAUGUCCUGCCCACAAAGUGAGUCUUCCGCACAUUUUAAUUCACUAGAAAUUUUUGAAUUGUAUCCUAUGUGCAGAGCUGGGCAACCUGAGAUCCCGAGUAGAAUCUCUGGGGCAGUCUUCGGUUUGGGGAAAUGCCAGCCACUGUGAUUGAUGGCAAUGGAAACUCAGGCACUGAAAAGUGAAGUUUAAAAGAAAUGGGGAAACAUAGCUGGCAUCCAGACCAUAUUUAUAAUCAGGGCAGAGUGGCCAGCUCUGGAAAGCCUCUGUCAUUGGAUAGUUGAGGGGAAUUAAGAAAUUCAAAUAGAAGGCAACUUUAAAAACUACGUUAAAAGAAAUGGCAAAUGCAAAUGUUCACUUAGUAUAGAUCAAGUGUAUCUUAAUUCAUACUAGCCCAGGUCCUAUGGGUAUUUAGAACAGGCAAAAGAUGUCUCUUCUGAGAGAAUUCUGGAAAACGAUGGUCCAUUUAAAAAUAGUUCAUUAUUGUAAAUAAGGACCUUACUUCAGGCUUUAUGUCGCAGCAAUCAGGCAGGACUAUUAAAAGGAACACAAAUGUCUGGAAAAAAGAUUCCAGUGGGUCAAUUCUUGGAAAGAAAGCUUAAUCAGUAUGAAAAUGGGGACAAUGUUCCAGGAUGAUGUGUGUUACUAAAAGCAAAGAAUAUGGUAAUUAGAUUAAAAGGGAAGAAAUAGAAGCAAGUAUGGGAUUAAUUUCAAAUGGAAAUACUAUUCAAAUGGUGUGGAGGGACAACAAAAUUCAAUUCCGGGGUUUCAGUUUUGUGGAUCUGUUUCUUUCUCAUGCCCUUGCGUGAUUUAGAGCCUUUUUGAAUGAUAGUCUUGUCAUCUAACAAAUUUUCCUUUGAUUCCUGAAGAUGCAUGUUUGUCUCCAUCUUUAGUUAACCUGGUCAUCAAUUCCUGUGGAAUAAGGAAGAUGAUGUGGAUUCUGUAAGUAAAGUACUGACCAGCCAGUUUCAGGCCCUGAGCUAUCAAACCUGGUUCUUAGAAUCCACGUUCUCAAGUCUGGCCCUUUGUUUAGAGAAAGAAAAAAAAAUCAAUAGGGUGGCUUGAGGGAGACAUUUCCCCAUCUUCACUGAAGGCUGAUGAGCAAUUACUGAGGAUCCUGUUGAGAAAUUUGUGAACAAUUGAAAGAGUUUAUCUGAUGGCUGACCAGCUGUGAAAUUUAGCUUCGAGUAUUUGAUUCUUAAAGUGAGGGGGUUAAUUUGGGAAUUGUGAGUUUCCUUGUGUGGAAAAGGAGAAUGGAUUCCCUUUAUUCUGUUAGCAUACAAAAAUCAACAACCCCAACCACAUCUAAGUGAGAGGGAGAGUCCUCUGCUCAACAAAGUUAACAUUCUUCUGUUUCUUCCCUUUCCUUUCUUAUAAUUUUGAUACACUUACUUGGCUGCCUGUGUGUGUGUGUGUGUGUGUGUGCGUGAAGCCUAAAAGCCUGGGCUUUUGCUAAAUGUGUGCCUUUAAUUUUUAUCUGAUAUACUUCUGUCAUAAAAACAUGUCUUGUCUUUUUGAUCCCAAUAUAAAGCAGAUGCACCACAAAUGUUUGUUGACUCUGGUCCUUCUUCUAAUAACAGUGAUGGGAAAUCCGGGAAAAGAAUGUGUUGUUUUCCCAAAUACUGCUCUGUAAAUCUCAGACGAUAAAGUACCAGCUAAUUACCCCCUGGGUCCCAGGCUUUCACUGGGGCCUUCUAAAAUACACAAAACUCAAGUGAAGGCAUGACACCAUUAGCCCUACAUAAUUCAAGCAAACAAUAAAUGUGUUUACUCUGCCUGGCUACUGACCACCUGCCUUUCCAUCCCACCAGGCAGGUAUCUAUAUAUAGGAUCUCCUUGUUUGCAUUCCUGCAGAGAGUGAGCCUUUCUUUCCUUUAGGCCUCACCAUCUGUGAAACUGAAAGAAGCUUGGGCCCCCGACAGCAUGUGUCGUCUCUUACUUCAGCUGCUGGUGCUCCUGCCUCUAGGGAAGGCUGCACAGCAGCGGGAUGGCUGCCCAAGUCAGAGUUCUGUCUCCCCUGUGCUCUUAGAAAGGGAUCGCAGGGAGCUCCCCCUUGGCAACCAUGAGGAUGCUGAGGAGAAGCCAGAUCUGUUUGUCGCCGUGCCCCACCUCAUAGGUGCAGGAGAAGGCCAGAGGCAGAGAGAGAAGAUGCUAUCCAGGUUUGGCAGGUUCUGGAAGAAGCCCGAGAGAGACCUGCACCCCCCCCAGGACGUGGUCCCUGAGCGCUUCCCACCUGGGACCCACGCCGUCACUCAGCCAAAAGAUGGGCUGCAGAUGGAGAAAUCUCCCCUUCGGGAAGAGGCCAAGAAAUUCUGGCACCACUUCAUGUUCAGAAUGAGUCCAGCUUCUCAGGGGAUCAUCCUGCCCAUCAAAAGCCACGAAGUACAUCAGGAGACCUGUAGGACAGUGCCCUUUGGCCAGACGAUCACCCAUGAAGACUGUGAGAAAGUAGUUGUACAGAACAACCUUUGCUUUGGGAAAUGUGGGGCCGUUCGUUUUCCUGGAGCUGCGCAGCACCCCCACACAUCCUGCUCCCACUGCUCACCUGCCAAGUUCACCACGAUGCACUUGCAGCUGAACUGCACUGGCCUUGCCUCCGUGGUCAAGGUGGUGAUGCUGGUGGAGGAAUGCCAGUGCAAGAUGAAGACUGAGCAUGAGCAUGGACACCUCCUCCAGGCAGGCUUCCAGGCAGGCUCCCAGGCAGAAUUUCAUGCCCAGGAUCCCUUCAUCCCAGGAUUUUCCACUUAAAAAGAGAUCCCACUAUUACCUUUGAAAAGCAAAACUACAGCAGCAGCAAAGGUGCUGGUUUAUUCAGCUUGGAAAUGUUAGUGGGUGCACACUAUUUUAAGGGAAAGGUGGUUCAAAAGUAGUGAGCUAGAACAAUUUAGAGGCAAUGGUGUUCAUCUAGUUAUGGGUACAUAUUUGGGUUCUAGUCUUGGCUCUGCCCCCCCGGGCAGGAGGAUGUUAAGGAGUUGUGGAAGCUUUCUCCAUCUCGAGGGCUUCAUCUCUACGCGAGGGACUUGAAUCAGAUGAUUGCUAAAGUCCUCUCCACUACGAAUAUUCCAUGAUCUAGGGUCUCCGAGUUCUGGUUAAAGCCCUCCAUCUGAAGUUGGAAAAGAAAGAAAGUAGACCCUAAAAAUUGGCUUCUUUAAUGGCUUGUCAAAGCACCACCAAAAACACGUAUCUAGUAUCUGUAGGAAGGAUUCUUUGCAUCUCAGGCAACGUUUUAUUUGCCCUCCAUCAGAUGAUUAUUUGACUUGCAGAGAUGUAAGGAGUAGCUUGCUUGGCUGCCUCUUAAUUUUUUUGAUACGCCUCAUAUAAAGCUCUUAAUGUCUGGUCCUUGGCUUUGAAGAAGGAACGGUAAUGUUACUUUUAGUGGUUUAUAUAGGGACAGGAAACAAUCAUUGGUAGCCACGCAAGUAUCUCCACGAUGGGGAAAUAAAAAUAUAUGACCAGUACCAGGCUUAAAGAUCAACUCAUUGAUGCCGAUGAAAGUAACCAAAAAAUUCCAGUGGACGUCAAAUUAAAUAAACUGCAAAUGUUUAAAAAUUGAAACAAUUUACAGGUGAAAUUCUUUAUCCACAUUCAUUUUGGAUUAGGUAGUAAGUUACAGGUCUGUGUUGGGAUGACUGGUUUUUUGCUGUGUUCUAAAAACUUUGUAUUACAGAUUUUUGUUCGGUGAAUGCUGUACUUGCAAGGUCUGAAAAUAUUCUGAAUAUUUUAAUGUAUUAAAUUUUAGUGUAUGAUGCAU